ACGCACAGCUCAUUAUUUCUAAAUAUGCAACUAUAUAGCCCCUCUAUUGAAAAGGUCAAGCAGGUCGGGCUUGGUGGAAUGGUCUCUUGUCCAGUCUUCGGAGACAAUGACAAAGUUGAAGGCAAAGUUAUUCUAGAUCUUAACUGCUUACAAAACGGUCGGCUGAACAUAUCUGUAAGUCUAAUGCGAUGGGACGACGAAUCUGGCCAGGGAUCUAAAACUUCGAAAUACAAGUAUAUAUUCUUAUCGUUCUCUGCCGUUAUUCUUAUCUUACCUCUCCUUGACCCACUUUCUGUUUUUUGCGACAUGUUUAGGGUACCACAACUUCCCAGUGACUCGAAUUUGAAUGGCCCUGCGCCUAGAUCAUGCGAAUUCAGCUUCGGAAUUACUCACGGUAGUCGACCAGGUGACGAGAUACCUCCCACCUUCUGUUUUAUGCCUUGCGAUAGCAGGCGAGGAGGCCUGUCUGUUGUAGAGAAGGCUGAAAUGUCUUGUCGUCCUUCAGAUACUUACUACUCAGGUUACAGGCUGGAAGUUCCCAUUCUUUUUCGUCCGGACACAGACUUUCAGUCUAUGGACGGUUCCAAUAUCGCGCCGGAAUUAUGGCUCGAAAUGCCUCUUACACCAGAGCGAUGUGGUUCGUUCCAUUGCAUCGUUACUCUGCCGCGCCUGCAAACGUUUUCUCAGCAUUCCUCUGUCCCAUAUCUUGUUAAGUCCGCAAUAAAACCUCGAUGUGCUGUACUUGCCCGAGAAAUCGCCGCCAAUGCCAACAUUGCUGUUUCCCUAGUCUGUAAAGUUAUCAUCAAGCCCCAUCAAGCCCCAGCCAUCCCUACUUCCGAGUCCCCUGACACCAUGCAAUUGUUGACAUAUCCAGUUACUUAUCCGGGUGUCGGACGAACUAGGGUGGUACCGUAUGCAGAUGACGGUCCGGCUCCGAUCUUUUACACAUCUCUCCCUUGCUCUGAUCGAUGUAUGGUCAAAUUUCAAAAAGCACACAAUAAAGCAAAGCAAGGUGCCACGUAG